AUGGGCAAACUGUCGCCAAGGCGACUCACGAGGCUGACAUGGCACAAGCCGUUGCAACGUCUUCCGACCUUGGGCCAUGCAAGUUCGGCUGCCAGAGGACGCGAAGAAGUCACCAAUCGCGCAGUCUCCUCUUCUCCAACGUCCACGUUGGAGACGGUGGCGAGUCUGUUUCGAAUCCCGUCGGGUGUGGGCAAUCGGACCAGAAGUCGAGCUGAAACACGAAGCGGACGCUGUCGGCGGUGGCAUACACUCUUCGCCAGCCCCCAGUCGGCUCUGCCUCCUUCUUUCCUCGAACACUUUGACCCUUCAACGCAUCUCCUCGGGUCAGGCCGAGAGAGGAUUGAGCAAGUUGAAGAAUCGGCAAAUGCAUGUAAAUUAUUUAACCGCCAGUCUGCAUGUCUCAUUGUCUCGCCUGCCAGACCGCAAACUCGUUGGCAUGUGAAGAUGCCUUGUUGA